AUGUACCGGAACACCUUGACGCGGAUCAGAGAAGAUUUGCGCGAUCCCGAGAAGAAGAUUCUUUCUUAAGGCUUCCCGUAAUUCAUCUGGAGAGGCAUCUGUGGCACGUUUUCAAAGGAAAAACGCGGCAAAAAAGGUGCUUUCCAAGAUGAUGAAUCAUGGUGGCAGGCUCUAACUUUCCGGUAAAGGUUUAGUCGAGUAUCACAAAGCUCUUCGGCAGAAGACAGUAGGACACUAUGGAGAGUCAGAUUUGAUCCGAAUUUUCCAGAGGCUACAACACGGCCUACUGCAACCGAGAGGGCGAGUGGUGCUGUCGCCCGAAAGGAUGAAUCAGGGGAAGAUGAACAACAACAAGACUUCGAAUGUGUCUCCUUCUCGAGGAUCACGAGGUGGUGACGAUAAAACCAUCGUAAAAACUGAUGCUACAACUUCCACUAGUGUCGCCAGCAUCAACAUCACUGCCACCAUGCGGAACAAUCCUCGUAUCUUCAAGAUGCGUAAAUCAGCAUUUGCAAAGACGGAAACAGAACGCAAAAUGACAGCCCUUGUUGGCCUUUCAACCAAGCAGGCACCAAGUGGCCAUCAUCUCGGUGUCAAUCAUUGUGGAGCUACUAGUGUUGACCAACAACCAAGCACUAGUCGGCUUCCUGCUAGUGGCACUCUUGGCUCCCCCAUGCGCAAGAGAAAUGAGCUUCUUAGUCCCUUAGUCGUGUCUCCGACCAAGGCUAAUAUGGCAUCA